AUGUAUCAAAUACUGAAAAGUGUCUCACAUUUUUAGAACGAGUGCAUUCUAACCUACUCGAAAGAGAAGCUCAUAAUUUACACCAAAGAAAUAUUGCUGCAUAUGCAAGUACUAACAUCAUGAGAUUGUGCUUAGACUUUUAGGAAUUAUAUGAGUGAUAUCGUGGCUGUGGCAACAUCAAGCAAAGGAGUAUUUGUCGUGUUCUGCGAGAGAGAAUUGAUUGCGUAUAAGCCCCUUUUGAAUGGCUGGGAAUAAGGGUACAGUAAGAAUUGCACAAAUCCCAUAAGAGAUGCAUUUUUCUCAUUUGAUGGUAAUAUAUAUUAAAUUCUAUAAAACAGAUGAACAUAUCAUAGGAUGUUCAUAAAAUAAGCUUCAUAUUUGGAAGGCAACUCAUAAGUAAAAUAGAUUACUUGGACAAUUAGAUUAAUAUGAAUUAAUUGAUCUGACAGAAAUCUACACAUUAGAAUUGGAAUACCAAAUAGCAAAUGUGAAAUUCUCUCCAGAUGUUCGUUAUUUUACAACCCUUCAUUAAAAUACAGUUAUUGUAUGGGACUUCCAUUCAAUCAAGGAAGUCUAAGAAGGAGUUCUGUCACAACAAUAGAGAGUGAACUUGGAUCAUUAAGACGAAGUAAUUUCAUACAAAUUUCGAGGCACACUUAGAAUAGCUCCAUCUCCAUUCCCCACUCCUAAUACUAUUGUUACACUCACCAAAUCCAACCAAUUAACCAUAUGGCAAGAAAUGAUUCAAUGCAAAAAUUUCUGUAAAUUACACACUUUGCAUUUCGAUCAAAUCUCAUCAUUUUGUUUCAUUUACCUCAAGGGAUUAACACCAUACCCUUGGAAAAAUACUUAUUUAGAAUCUGAUUAAUUUGGAGUUCAGGAUACAGAGUAAUCUAGUGUUGAUUAUCUCCUCUUGCACUAGGAAGCUGAAUUAAGUGUAGUCAAAUUAGAUUUCCUUAGGAAUUACUCAUUAGAAGAAUCUGUUAAAGUUAUUAAGAAGACUAAAAGUAACAUCUUCAAUCAAAUUAAAAAGAUUCUUCUAGUUGAUUAAAUAGAAGGACGGAAAAUUGAAAUGAUUGGAUUCGAUAGAUUAUGGAAUCUAAUGAAAAUAUGUGUUAACUUGAAGGAUGAUUCAUAAUAGAUGUUUCAAUGUGAAAAAUUCAUAUUUUAGAAUAUCGUACAUUUCUCCAUAUGUAAAAGUCAAGUGGCAAUAAUAAAUGAUUGGAAUUAUUUGUGUUUGCAAUAAUUAAAAUUGAAUAGUGUUAUUAGUUAGGAAUAUCAUAUUAUUGAGGGACAAUAAAAGAUUUGGAAAAUCAAUUCAAAUCUAUCCAAAUGUAAAAUCCAUUCUAUAUAGUAGAUUAGCUAAUGUUUAUUGCUAAGGAUAAAAUUAAAGAAAAUGACGUUAUUCUCCUAAUAUCAUCUAAUGCUUAAUAAUGUUAGGCUUUCAUUAUCUAGUAAAAUCAACUCGUAGAAGUGCAUCUCAAACUAUACAAUCAUCUAUCAAAUGAUUAUAGAGAUAAAAUUACUGACUUGAGAAAAAUCAAUUACGAAAUAGAUGACUUACAAUUGUUAGUAAUAGCAGACUAAAAAAUUGCGUUAAUUUAAAUAUAAUUUGAGAUCUAUGGCCAUGGUUAGAUGGAUUUAUAAAUAUCAGAAUUGAAGACAUGGAAAUUAGAUUUCACUUAUGAAAGACUCUAAGUCUUGCAAUCGAUAGAAUUGUCUUUUAUUUCCAUUGCUGGAAAAACAUUAAAGGGUUACAAUGAAUAGAUGUAGCAAAUUGUAUAGAUUUCUAAAAAUUACAAUAUCAAAGAUGUUGGAUAGUUAAAGGGUAUCCAGCCUAUAUAUUACGUGAUGAGUCAUCAAAAUGAAAUUGAUUUUCAUUCUUCAUCAGGAGAGUUUUUGGUUAGAUUCAAUCUCCAAUCAUUUCUUGUGAGAGUAGACAAGGCUCUUUAUGAUGUUUCCAAAGUUGUUGUGUAGGUUGUACCAUUAAAUAACUUUGCAUUCAUUUUAUAAACUGAUAACUACUUAACAGCUUUUGCUAUAUAAUUUGAUAAGAGUGAUUAAAAUUAUAAAUUGACAUCGAUUAAAUAGUAAUUGAUUUACCUUAUAUUAUAGAAAGUAUUUAAAUAAUAGAGAAGCAAUCUAUUGCAAACGAUUAUCUAAAUAUUCUAUGCCUUAAAAUUAUAGAUUUUUCAGGAUAAAAGACUGUCUAAUAGUAAAGACUGGCCGAAAAGUUAAAGUAUUGGGAAAUUCAUUAAUCCGUUGUUUAGCAGACAAGUUUUGGAUGCCUAGUACUUUAAGCUACAAAUUAAUAAAUUAACAAAGUAUUUUUAUAAUUGAUAACUUAGACAACGUUUAAUUGUAAGAUUAUGAUUUCUUGAGUGAAUUAAUACAACUUGGCAAAAUACAAUUAGUAUAAUUUAUAUUGAAGCUAAUAUGUCUUAAAUUUAAACAUCAUGGAAGUUUGGGGAAUCAUUAUAUGGUUCCAUAUAAGUAUUUAUUAGAAUUAUAUCAAUUGAAUUCUGAGCCAGAGCCUUUAUGGGUUGAUGCAAUUAAAACAUAUGAAACAAAGAAACUAUAAGACAAGGAUUCAUAUGAUUACACUUUACAUCCAGUUGAUGUACUUAAAAAGAUUUGUUAAGAAUAUCCAUUAAAGAUUACUAUCAUUCUAGAUUAUUUAAGAUAUUAUGAAGAUAAUUCACGUUCAUUGGACUUUUAUGCUGCAAUGUUUAUGUUCCAUGUACACAUCUUCAGAAAUCAACCUACUCACAAAAGAAAUCGAGUGUUAAGUUCUAAAGAAGUUGUUUGGGCAUUACAUUCAUUAUAAAAAGAAACUCUUUGGUAAGAAUGCAUUGCCAAUUCAGACGAUUUAUCUUGGAAUUUGGUGAAAAGAUAUGCAGCAGUAUUAUGGAUGGAUUUAUCGUUUAUUAAAUAAAGAUUAGAAGAAAUAGCAUUGCAGAUUUAUAAAUAGACAAAGGAUCCAUUUUAAUCAUUAUUAUACUUUAUAGUUUUGGGUAAAAAGAGUGUAAUAACAACGCUUUUCAAAAAGGAAGUUAAUUCUGGCAAAGAGUAUAAAUCAACUUAUGAAUUUUUGCAAUAAGAUUUCACCUAACCCAGAUGGAAAUCAGCAGCUUCAAAGAAUGCAUAUGCCUUAGUAUCUAAAAAAAGAUACUAGGAUGCAGCUGCCUUUUUCUUAAUAGGAGGACAUUUGAAUGAUGCAGUGAAUGUCAUGGCUAGAUAUAUGGAAGAUAUAUAAUUGGCUUACUUAACAACAAAGAUCCAUGAACCUCUAGGUGGACCUGUUGGAGAAUAACUAAUAUAGGACUAUUUUAUCAAAAGUGGUGAAGAGAUGAAUGAUAUUUGGUUAUUGCAUAUUGGUUGCUAUCUUUUGGGAAGAUAUGUUGAUAGUGUUAAUGUCUUAUUAAGAGAACCUGAACAUCAUAUACUAGAGUAUGAUAAUUUUGGAAAGGCUGUAUGUAUUAGUUGGCCAUCUACAUUUACACCUUAGUUAUCGUAUUAUCAUCCAUCUGCCAUUCUGUUGGUUGAGAAACUCAAGGAAAAUAUAAAUGUGAAAAGAGAAAUUCAAUAAAGCAUUGAUGCUAAUAAAAAGAAGAGUAAGAAGGCAGAAGAUGAUAUCUUUUCUCAAUUUUAUGAAAGUGAGGAAUCGGAAGAGGAAGAAGUUGUAGAAUAGGUUCCAAUUAAGAAGAUAAAUGAUAAUUAAGAAUUUAUUAAGUAAUAAGCAGUAGAAUAUUAUUACAAUAUCUAAAUGCCAUAAUUAGGAAUGAUAUUUGCAUAAGAGUUAAAUUAAGAAACAGAAUAAUCAGAGCAAUUAAUUGAAUUGUAGAUUGAAAUGUACAUCGUUUAAGCUAUCGAGGAUUAAGAACAUUUCACAAAUUAUGUGUAAUUAAUGUAGAAACUUGAUGAUUUAGCAAAUUUUACAAAUCAUAACAAAACAAAACUAUAUGAUGUUGCAUUGAAGAAAUUAAGAUAAUUGAAGUCUCCUUCUCGUUUUCUUACAUUUGCCAUCCAUUAUGAUUAGACUGGGCUAGAUGAGUUCAUUUCUUUUUGUCAAGAAACUUAAAGUUUAUUGUAUAGAAUAUGUUUCGAUUAUCCCUUAUCCGAAAAGAGUUAAGAGUAUUAUUUAACAUUUGUUCAGAGUCUCUAUGAAAUCGAUGUUGGAUUAAAACUAUUUCAGUAAUCCUAAUAUUAUCAAAAGAAAUUUGAUAACAAAUUGAAAUUGAACAUCAUUAAAUUAUUGGCGUUGUUCAUGACUUUGAUUUUGGCAUUGGAAUUACACCUAUGGGAGAAUGCAUUUGAACAAUUAAGAAAAUUGGAGACAUUUUGUAAUACUGUAUACAAAUAACAUGUAUAAGAUUGUGGAUACGAGAAUUUGAGAGAUGAUUUUUGUGAGUUGGUGAAGUCAGCAAUCAAAAAUAAAAGACUCUAUACAAAUAAAGGAUUUAAAGCAUAUCGAAAUUUAGAUGUAUUGUAGGAUGCUUAUCCAGAAGAUUUAUAUAAUGUUAGUGAAUAGGAUUAUUUGCAAAAGCAUAAACCAGCUGCGCCAGAAUAGGAAUAAUAGAAAUCAGAAAGCCUUGAAGAUUUACAAUAAUCAGAUCUUAGUUAAGAGAAAAUAAUAGAGGAGGAGAAUAUCUAGAAUUCAUUUAUAUAUUUUACAUUGCAGUCAUUGAUUGUGAAAUACUUCUUGUCUAUAUCCAAGAGUUACUUUAAAAUAGAAAUGUUCAAUAUUGCAAUAACUAGUUAUAGUAAUAUAUUUACGAUGGCUGAAUAAUAUGUGACCACCAGAAAUGAUAUGGUUAUCACUUUAUUAAAGAAUCUCUCUGAUUUUUCAUAAGAAUAGAAUUUUAUUGAAGAUCUAAGAAUGGUUUUGAAAGAGUCUUCAUUUGCUAAAAGUCAAUACUUUAAGUAGCUUGAAAGGAUUUUCAAUUUAAAUCAUUUCUUUUAGAUUUGCUAAAAAGUUGGAUUAGAUCAAUAUUUGGAGGAAAUCUCAAUAAAUAGAACGAAAUAAGCAUUUAAAUAUCCAAUAAGUAAUUUUGACGAGUAAUCAAUAAUCACUUUCAAAAAUAAAAUCUUUAAGUAAGGAGUUGAAGUAUUUAAAAUAAAGUCUGAUUAAAUAAAGAACAUAUGUAUUAAUAAUGCCAAUCCAAUCGAAGGUUUUGUAUUAUAUGGUAAAUUCUUAAAGCACAUGAAAUUCUAUAAUACUCUCUAACACAAAAAUAGAUCACUGGAUGGUUAUAAUUUAGUAGAAGAAGAAACCAUCGAUGAGGCUAUAAGGACAGAAGCAUCUUAAACAAAUAAACCAUACAUUAUAAAGCUAUGUUCAUCAGCUUUAGGAAUCUAGGUUGGAUUGGAUAAGGAGAAGAAAUCAUAUCUAAAAUCAAGAGCACAUCCCUAUGAAGAAUACAAAGACUUCACUGAAAAGGAUUUCAUGGAGAAAUUCUAGAACUGUUCUAGCAAAUUGAUUCCAGAAGAGGAUUUGCAAUGUUUGGCUUCUCAUCCUCAUCUACCAUUAUUUUUGCAAGGAGGAAAAGGAAUGAUCAAUGUAAUGACUUUUAAAUCAUCAACAUAAGUAGUCGCUGAAUUCAAUUCCCAAUAAAGAGAUUCUAUCGACUUUCUUAAAUUUAAUAAUUCAGGUGAACUAUUCAUUGGGCAUGAUGUAAAUAAUAGUGCUUAUAUUUGGAAACUUAAUCGAGUCAACAAACUCAAUACACCACUCUUCUAACUUAAUAGUAAAGUUCGACCAACUACUGAUCUGACCUUCAUUAACGAGGGAACAGUUUUUGCUUCUAUUUAUAGUUCUACUAGUAAGCCUCAUUUUGGGUUGUAUGAUAUGUUAUUACCUGCUAAUCGCAAUAUUGUAGCAUAAGAGAACUUUAAUGGAACAGACAUCUUAUUUUCUACUCCCUUGAAUUCAAUUUUGAUAGGAAAUCAGAAAAAAGGAACUGUCAAUUUCUUGGACAUCAGAAAGAAUUAAAUCUACAAAACAUUAGAAGUAAUGUGAUCAAUUUAUUAUUUUAAGUUACCCUUCACAGAAAUCAAAUUUAUGAAACUAAAUCAAUACCAAACUUCACUAAUUUGUGCUUGCAAUGAUGGAUAAAUUAAAAUCAUCAAUUUAGAAACUCUGUCUACCAUUGUUGAUUAUAAACCAUUUAGAUAAGGUACAAAUACAUCCAUAUGAUUUUAGAUAAAAAGCAGUAAAUUAUGGCUUUGACAUAAACUGAAAAUGCUACAUAUGCAGCAUCAUCCGAUGGAGUUGUAUCAUUAGUAUAUUUGAAUGCAUGA